GUGAUUGGGGUGUGUUGAGCACUCCACGUGGCGCAAACCCAGCACUUUAAAACACCAUCUCUCUCAAAAUCCCAAUCAUGAUUCAGUGAGUAAACUGGAACUGGGGGAGGGAGAUAGAUACUUUCUCUCUACUUGCAAAAAGAUCUCAAAAGUUUCCAAGACCAGCGAGGAAACACAAUGGAUUCUAUUCCUCUACGCUCACUCCACCCUCAAAUACUAGUUCGGAAGCAACUCAGAUUCCUCCCAAACACCGCUCUUUCCAAUCCCAGGAUUUCUUUUCCUUUUCCGCCGGGAAUCAACCGCCACCGUAAACACUCUCUUCCACUCUUUUUUGCCGUUUCCUCCACUCUCACUAGAGAAGAAGAAAAGAAGAAGAUGAAAGCGAAACCAAAGUCUGGACGUGGCAAAGUAGGCCUUAAUGUUUGUUUAGAUCACCAGGUUGAAUUUGGUGAGCAUGUAGCAAUUUUAGGGUCCACAAAAGAAUUGGGAUCGUGGAAGAAGCAGGUGCCUAUGAACUGGACUGAGGGUGGAUGGGUAUGCGACUUGGAGCUGAAAGGGGAUGAGUCGGUUGAGUAUAAAUUUGUGAUUGUUAGGAAGGACAAGAGUGUAGUAUGGGAAGGUGGGGAUAACCGUGUCCUGAAACUGCCUCAAAGUGGGAAUUUUGGGAUGGUAUGUCACUGGAAUUCAACAGGGGAGACAGUGGAACUAUUGCCUUUAAGUUUGGAAGAGUAUGGAGACAGAGUGGAGGAUGAUGGGCAUAAUGAAUCUACUGCUGAAGUCUUGGAAGUGGAGACAAGUCCUUUUGUUCGAAAUUGGCAGGGGAGGCCUGCCUCCUUCAUGCGGUCAAAUGAGCAUCACAACAGAGAAUUGGAGAGGAAAUGGGAUACAACCGGUCUUGAAGGGUUGGCUUUGAAAUUAGUUGAAGGUGAUAAAAGUUCAAGGAAUUGGUGGAGAAAGCUUGAAGUUGUUCAUGAGCUAUUAGUUGGAAGUUUGCAAAGUGGGGAACUAUUGGAGGCUCUAAUAUGCUCUGCUAUCUAUCUGAAGUGGAUAAACACAGGGCAAAUUCCUUGUUUUGAAGAUGGCGGUCAUCACCGGCCAAACAGACAUGCUGAGAUUUCCAGGCAUAUAUUUUGUGAAUUAGAACGAAUCUCAAGUAGGAAAGAUACUUCACCUCAGGAGGUGCUUGUUAUUCGGAAGAUCCACCCUUGUCUGCCAUCAUUUAAAGCAGAAUUUACAGCAUCUGUCCCACUUACCCGGAUUAGAGACAUUGCUCAUCGGAAUGAUAUCCCUCAUGAUCUCAAGCAAGAAAUUAAGCAUACAAUACAGAACAAGCUCCAUCGAAAUGCUGGCCCUGAAGACUUAGUCGCAACAGAUGCAAUGCUUGCUAGAGUCACUAAGAAUCCUGGAGAAUAUAGUGAACCAUUUGUUGAACAAUUCAAGAUAUUCCAUCAGGAACUCAAAGAUUUCUUCAAUGCUGGAAGCCUCACUGAACAGCUUGAGUCAAUCAGAGAAUCUUUAGAUGAAUGGAGCCUUGCAGCUCUUGCAAUGUUUCUGGAGUGCAAAAGGAGUUUGGAUGCUGCAGAAGAAUCAAGUAGCAGUUUGGAUUUAAUCAAGACAAUGCGAUCUUUGAGUGCUUUGAGAGAAGUAAUAUUGAAGGGUCUUGACAGUGGUCUUAGAAAUGAUGCUCCUGAUGCUGCAAUAGCAAUGCGUCAAAAGUGGCGGCUUUGUGAAAUUGGCCUUGAGGACUAUUCCUUUGUCCUCUUAAGCAGGCUACUCAACACACAUGAAGCUAUGGGAGGAGCCAAUUGGCUUGCAGAUAAUCUGGAAUCAAAAAAUACGGGCUCUUGGAAUAAUCCACUUGCUGCCCUAAUUGUUGGUGUUCAUCAGCUUAAUUUAUCUGGUUGGAAACCAGAAGAGUGUGCUGCUAUCGAAAAUGAGCUUACUGCCUGGCAAGAGAAAGUUCUCUUUGAAAAGGAAGGAAGUGAAGAUGGCAAAAGAAUUUGGGCAUUAAGACUCAAAGCUACACUUGACAGAACAAGGAGGCUGACUGAGGAAUAUUCUGAAGCUCUUCUUCAAAUAUUCCCUCAAAAAGUGCAGAUGCUUGGGAAAGCUCUUGGAAUUCCGGAGAACAGCGUAAGGACGUAUGCUGAAGCUGAGAUUCGGGCUGGGGUGAUUUUUCAGGUUUCAAAACUAUGUACUCUUCUUCUGAAAGCUGUUAGAGCAGCACUUGGUUUGCAGGGUUGGGAUGUCCUCGUUCCAGGAGUGGCUUCUGGAACGUUGGUUCAGGUUGAGAACAUUGUCCCUGGAUCACUGCCAUCAUUUUUGGAAGGACCUGUUAUUCUUGUUGUCAAUAAAGCUGAUGGAGAUGAGGAGGUGACAGCAGCUGGGUCUAAUAUCACAGGAGUUGUACUUCUGCAGGAGCUGCCUCACCUAUCUCAUCUUGGUGUUAGGGCCCGACAAGAAAAAGUUGUCUUUGUUACAUGUGAAGAUGAAGAUAUAGUUUCUAAUAUACAAAUUCUUGCAGGAAAAUAUGUCAGACUGGAAGCAUUGUCAACUGGCGUGCAUUUAAGUCCAUCUUCUUUAGAUGAUCACAAUGCUGAUUCUGUUGCGAAAAAUCUUUCAAGAAAUGGUUCACCUGCUGUUGAAGUGCAUGGAUCUCAUGAUUCAUCCAGGUUGGCUGUUAAAGCCCCAAACUCCAAUCAGGGUAGUUCUUCUGCCAGAGUCAUACUGCUAGCUGAUGCAGAUACCCUAACCUCAGGAGCAAAGGCAGCUGCUUGUGGGCGCUUAGCUUCCUUGGCAGCAGUUUCUGAUAAGGUCUACAGUGAACAAGGGGUGCCAGCUUCAUUUCGUGUUCCUGCUGGAGUUGUUAUACCAUUUGGCUCCAUGGAAUUGGCUUUAGAACAAAACAAAUCGUCGGAAACAUUCAUGUCACUUCUAGAAAAGAUAGAAACAGCAGAACUGGAGAAUGAUGAGCUCGACAAACUAUGCCACCAACUCCAGCAACUGGUCUCUUCCCUACAGCCCUCGAAAGAUGUAAUUGAUAGCAUAAUUAGAGUAUUUCCCGGCAAUGUACGCUUAAUUGUUCGUUCAAGUGCAAAUGUUGAGGAUUUGGCAGGGAUGUCAGCUGCUGGACUUUAUGAAUCAAUUCCAAACGUCAGUCCUUCAAAUCCAACUGUUUUUUCUAGUGCUAUUAGCCAAGUAUGGGCUUCACUCUAUACUCGAAGAGCAGUACUAAGUCGCCGAGCUGCUGGAGUGACCCAGAAAGAUGCGGCAAUGGCAGUCCUAGUGCAAGAAAUGCUUUCACCUGAUCUUUCAUUUGUACUCCACACACUCAGCCCAACAGACCAUGACCAUAACUAUGUUGAGGCGGAGAUUGCUCCAGGGCUCGGUGAAACCCUUGCUUCAGGAACUAGAGGCACACCCUGGCGUGUCUCUUCUGGGAAGUUUGAUGGGCUUGUGCGAACACUAGCAUUUGCAAAUUUCAGUGAGGAGAUGGUGGUAUCAGGUGCUGGUCCUGCUGAUGGGGAAGUUAUUCGUUUGACAGUGGACUACAGUAAAAAACCAUUAACAGUUGACCCGAUAUUUCGUCACCAGCUUAGUCAGCGUCUCUGUGCUGUUGGGUUUUUCCUGGAGCGGAAGUUUGGCUGCCCACAGGAUGUGGAAGGAUGUGUUCUAGGAAAAGAUAUUUAUGUCGUUCAGACACGCCCUCAACCCCAGUAAUGGCUUCUACCGUCUCAUCUAUAUGGAAACUAAGUACUUUUGAUCUUUGGAAAUGCGAGCAUUAUAUGCAAUUUCAAGCUUUCCAUGGUCUACGUACCCAGUAUAGAUGCGGCUUUAAGCAUUCUAUGUCUGGCAUAACCAGUGUAGAUUGUAUAAUCACAAGUUAUAGAUUACACCACUUAUACAUGCAGGCUGAAGGACAAGGGAAGGGUUGUGGUACUACAAUUAUGUGCUAGUAAUCCAUGUUUUAUUAUCUGAAGACAGUGGAAGGGAUGUCUGUGCGCUUUCAGUUGAUUGCUCCGCCAGUCGGUUGACACGCAUGUUAAUCAGUGAAGCAUCCAAUGCUGCAAAUCUCAAUGUUGUUGUUUCUUAUAAUUAUCAUAUCAACUAUUGGAAAAUGUUGGCAACUGAGGACUGAUAUGUCUUCGGCUUUGAGAAUAAAGAGGGAACCAUCAUCCCUUCUAUUGCAGAUGGGGUGGAUGUUCCUACGCUUGUUUACAAUCUAGGUUGGAAUAACAGGUUUGGAUUCGAGUCC